AACUUCUUAUUGGACGAUUGGUUAGAUUGCGUAAUUGUCUAUAAAUAUUCUCGGAGUAUUUAAAGAGUUUGCAAGAGACGGACCGGCAGUUUCUUCAUUGAUUUUACUCGCUCGCGACUAGUCAACUCUGUGAUUAUUCUUUGUGUGUUAAUGGUGCUUACUUAUUACACUGGUUUACCGAUUAUUCAACUUUAAUUAAGAGUCCUUGAUUUUGAUUACCCAUGUAAAAGGGUUUGAUUACUGAAAAAUAUAGUCUUCAUCUUAUUGAAGAUAUAGAAAACCUCCCUGUAGUUAUAGACUCAUUGUUGAGUGAUAAUGUUUACUUGGAAAAUUUUGGUGCUUCUAGCUCUUUUCUUCUACUCAGAAGUCAAUCUUAUAUUGGCAAAGAAAGGAGUUUUAUAUCGAAAUGUAACACUGAAGGCUCCAUUAGUCACAAAAGAGCCUUCCGGAUACAGGACCAUAUAUACUUGUGAAGGAAGAACACUGAACAUGGUUUGCGAAGAAGGACUCAUACAUUUGAUCCGAGCAAACUAUGGUCGUUUUAGUAUAGGCAUUUGCAAUGAACAUGGUAAUCUAGAAUGGAGGGUGAAUUGUAUGUCUCUUCAUUCAUUUCCAAUUAUGCUUGAGAGGUGUGGCGCAAAACCAAAUUGUACUGUAAAUGUUUCUAGUGCUACAUUUCAUGAUCCCUGUCCAGGUACACUCAAAUACUUAGAAGUUCAAUACCACUGUGGAACAGGUGUUCAUAUGAUCACGAUGCCAGCAACAAGUUCGAGUCCAACAUUAAAAGUUUCACCUCCUCCUAAUGUGACUGGAAAUCCGAAUCAAGUGAAGUUGCAGACAAUUACAAAUCGUUCUAUUAUAUCCAGCAUAUACCCAACAUUCCUGCCAACAACGCCUUUGCCUAAGACUACAACAACUUCUGCAAGUCCUAUUAUACCAAUUAUAUAUACACCCAACAAAACUGAAACAGCCAUUAAAUAUAGCACAACAGCAAAAAGUGAGUAUUUGAUGUAAAUAAACUUAUCUCUUUAGAGGUUAUCCAUAUAGAGUGGGUUUAAUUAAUGGAGAUACAAACUUUAAGGGGUGAUAGGAGAUGAUAGGCAUGGAAGAUAGAAUCACGGCACCUUUAUGGAUAUGUGGUUACAAAUAAGAAUAGAGUGUGAAUAGAAUGAUCUGAAAAAUAUUGGUUUUUUGGGGUAGUUCUUAGGAGAAUUUAUGUUGAAUAUAAUUGAUUGCCAAUCAAAAUUUUGACCACUUUCAAAUUAAAUUAGGUUCUUAAGCCUCAACUAAAGCUCUGUUUCUGCUGACUAUGCAAGUUUGGAUCACUUCUUGAAAGCUGCUAGGAGAAUUUACAUCCAAUACAGUUUAUCAUCAGUCAAAAUUUCAACUACUUUCUAACAUAAACUAAUAGACACAUAACUAGAAAGAGGAAAACAAUAAAAUUAAAUUAAAAACAAAGUUUCCAAUGGAUUAAAGAAAGAAAAAAAAAAGAAGGUUACUUCAUCUUACCUAAAUGUUAUGAAGGAUAAGUAAAAAAUUU